UUUUUUUUUUUUUCCUUGUAUUAUUUUGAUACGCUUUUGAGGAUGAAUAUGUUUAUUCUGGUGCUCUGGGGUAGCGCGUGAGUCAUCGUCGGCGCUGGCAAGCAGGAGCUGUUGUCGCGGCUCGUUGGCAUGUGUUCCCCCUGAGCUCGGCGACGCCUCCCUCGGUGGUGCGGUGGCAGGAUGCCAGUGCAGGCGGCCCAGUGGACAGAGUUUCUGUCCUGUCCCAUCUGCUACAAUGAGUUUGACAGCAGCGGCCACCAGCCCAUCAGCCUGGGCUGCUCCCACACGGUGUGUAAGACCUGCCUACACAAACUGCACCGCAAGGCCUGCCCCUUCGACCAGACACCCAUCAGCACCGAUAUCGACCUGCUGCCGGUCAACUGUGCCCUGCUGCAGCUGGUCGGAGCCCAGGUUCCAGAUGUGCAACCGGUGAGCCUGAGCAGCGCAGCAGAAGUGGAGAACUACGAGGUCUGCAAGGUUUGCGUGGAAGAGCUGGCUCUCUACCUUAAACCGAUCAGCGGAGCGAAAGGUGUGGCGACUCUGAGUCCGAGCGUGCUCAGUCGGCCAAUGCAGAGGAAGCUGGUGACCUUGGUGAACUGCCAGCUGGUGGAGGAGGAGGGCCGUGUGCGGGCGGUGCGGGCGGGCCGGUCGCUGGGGGAACGGACUGUAACCGAGCUCAUCCUGCAGCACCAGAACCCCCAGCAGCUCUCUGCCAACCUCUGGGCAGCGGUGAGGGCGCGGGGCUGCCAGUUCCUGGGACCUGCUAUGCAAGAAGAUGGUCUGAAGCUAGUUUUACUGGCUCUUGAGGACGGCUCGGCUUUGUCCAGGAAGGUGUUGGUUUUGUUCGUGGUCCAAAAGCUCGAGGCUCGGUUCCCCCAGGCCUCCAAAACCAGCAUAGGCCACGUGGUGCAGCUUCUCUACAGGGCCUCCUGCUUCAAGGUCACUAAGCGCGAUGAAGACUCCUCACUGAUGCAGCUGAAAGAAGAGUUUCGAACGUAUGAGGCUCUCCGGAGAGAACAUGACGCUCAGAUCGUCCACAUCGCCAUGGAGGCGGGCCUACGAAUUUCCCCCGAGCAGUGGUCUUCUCUGCUGUACGGGGACCUGGUCCACAAGUCACAUAUGCAGUCUAUUAUUGACAAGUUGCAGUCUCCAGAGUCGUUUGCAAAGAGCGUUCAGGAGCUGACGAUCGUUCUGCAGAGGACAGGAGACCCCGCCAACCUCACAAGCCUUAGACCACAUCUAGAGCUACUAGCCAACAUAGACCACAAUCCAGAUGCCCCGGCGCCAUCAUGGGAGGAGCUGGAAAGUGUGAUGCUGGCUGUGAAGUUGGUGGUUCAUGGACUAGUGGAAUUCAUACAGAAUUUCAGCAAGAAGAGCCACGAUGCUCCGCAGCCUCAGGCCAACAGCAAGUACAAGACCAGCAUGUGUCGAGACCUUCGUCAGCAAGGAGGCUGUCCACGAGGAACCAACUGUACAUUUGCGCACACACAGGAUGAGCUUGAGAAAUUUAGACUGAGAAACAAGAAGAGCAGCAGCGUGGGACGCACAUUCCCAUUAGCGCCGGGGGUUAUGGGUAAAACCUUCACCAUGGAGGGCAGCAUCCACACAGACGUGUCUACAGACAUGGGGCAGGGUCUCCAAGGCACAGUGGAGAACACAGAACCCCUGACGGAGGUAGUGUCCGGCCUGACUCACCCCCAACUGAUCUCCAGAGGGUCUGACAUGAUGGAGGAAAUGAGUAGAGCGAUGCCAAAUGUCUCCAAUGCGGCUAACGGAUCCAACGGGCUGUCUACCCGAAACACGUCGGGAUCAACUGAACAGAAUCCCAUCUCACCUCCAAGGACUCCAGUCAGCCACUCCUCAGCGUCAUCUCCCUUGACAACAGUUGGGCGGGGCGAUGCGGGCGCUCCUAUGCCCAAACAUGGUCAGUUCAUGCUGCGUGCACCCCAUCCUUCUCAGGGGUCAGAGCUGUACUAUCAGGAGCCCCACUCUGCAUAUGACACGCCCCAUUAUCAACCAGCCUGUUCCUACUACCAAUCUUCUCUUCAUCCUCCACACAAACCCUGCAUGGCUCGCUUCCUUCGAUCCUCCAACGUCCCAGAAUCCUCUCUGCCGCCCUCCGUUGGCCCUCCGCAGUCUUCCUACCCGAGUGACCCUCAAGCGCCACACCCACCUUCCUCCUCUUCUUCGGGGUACCCGCAACACCCGCCUAGAGAUCGGAUGGGAGCUCCUGCCUUCCAUCACCACCCGGGGCAGCCUCAAUAUGGGCCUCUGGCUCCUGCUCAUGGUGUUUAUGCUCCCCUCUAUGACAGCAGGAGAGUAUGGAGGCCUCAGCUGUACCACAGAGAAGAUGCCAGGAGCAACUCACUGCCUCCAGAGGUGCUGCAUUCCUCCGUCUACCAGCCUCCACUCAGGGAGAGAUUCAACUCUCUAGACAGCAACUACUGCUCUGGAGCUGAGCACCGUGCAGGCCUACACCGGGAUUAUGGCCGUGUUCCUCUCGGCUACGAGGAUCUGUUCAGAAGGAAGCAGGAGCAGUGGGCUCAUCAUCAUCACCACCAUCACAACACCAACAGGCCCUCCCAGUCCUCCCCCAUCUUCACCAUUGAUUUUGCAACUGAGCACGUGGAGAGCAGUGGAGGCCAGUGUGUGGGGUGCCGGUUCAGAGGCGAGGAAAGUUUAGCCCACUACUCCCCGUGGUCCUGUGGUACCAUCGGCCCCUGUCUCAGCCCCUUUGAGCCGGAAACGCUCGCACACACCUCGGCUCACUCCUGCUCGGAGCACUCGGAGUUGGACAGUAACGGAGGUGGAGGAGGCGGCGUCAGUGGCAGCGGUAGUGGUGUCGGGAAGCGAUGGCUGCACUCGUUGGAUCAUUACCGGCGCUUGAAAGACGAGGACCCGAUCAUUCCCUUUAGUGAGGGGCCCAUUAUCUCAAAGUGGGGUGCAAUAUCAAGGGCAUCUCGCACAGGAUACCACACCACCGACCCAAUCCAAGCCACGGCCUGCCAGGGCAGCGCCAACACCACACCCAUCAACUUUAAAGAUUACAACCACCACUUGGAUCACAGCGACUAUAGGUGGAGCUCCAGGGGAUCAGACUCCUCCAGUCACUCCAGUUUCCUAGAGAGCGAGCAGCUUUGUGCAUCAGAGCUUCACUGCCGUCGAACUUCGCUAAGCAGUGGAGAGAAAAUCGUGUCCGAUCUGCAAGCCCGGCAGACCGCCGCCUACGGCCGGGAUCGAGGCCGGGCCGAGAGCGAACCGGACCCGGAACGAGACAUUGAGCUCGAACUGUGCGCUCUUGACUUGGAGGAUUCAGACCACCAGGAGAUCAAGUCUCAGGAGUCUUUAGACCUGGUCUCCCCACAGUCUCAGGAUGCUUCCCACCUCCUCCCACCACUGUGCUCCUCUCCCCUCCUCUCUUCUCCUGUGGAGGAGCGUCCCCACACGGAGGGUCCUUUGACAGAAAAGAUGGACGCUCACCUGCUUAAAAAGAUGGCCUUCAGGAAGUCUCUGUCUCCUGGAGGGUUGGUCUCAGGAGGUCUGGGCGUCGGCAAGCUUGUACUGCGUACUGGACCUCCUCGACUGGGGGACACUUCCACCCGGGCUUGUCCCGAAAAGCCCGGAACAGAGAUGCUGCUCAAUGGAAGCUAAGGGGACACAAAGUCAGACUCUGACCUGCACUAAGCUAGAGCUGAGUCCCUUGCCCACAACCAGAUCCUGGUUAAAGGGAAUACCAUUUAAUUCCAGCCUUCAUAUACGUCAAUCAUAUGCCUAAAUAAAACUAGACAGAUAUGGGUCAACAGUCUGUGCUUUGCCACGUCGUAGAGGGCCAGAGAAAACACAUUGUCCUGCCUCCCAAGUGGUGAUUUUCAUCAAUGUACAGCUCCACACAGAAUAUUGUGAUUCAGUGUUUUACCCAAUAAAACACAUGACCAGUUAUCCCUAACAGUAGAUGCUGAACUUAACAUGGCAUCGUAGUCUUGAGAUUUACACGUCAUCUAGAUUGUUGUCAUUCAACAUGGCUGACAGCAAAAGCUUAUUCAGUAGGUGCCACAUUUCAUGCCACUUUUUUUGUUAACUUUCAAUUUUGUUUCGACUCUAUGUUAAUGUUUUCCUUUACUUAUUCUUUCUUGGAUUGACAGCCGCGACUAAGAUCCCAACAUACCAAAUUCUGUCUUGGUCCCAGUACUGAGGUUGGGUAAUUGGGAUAGUAAUUAUAAGGAAUAUGCUAGAGUAAUUUAUCAUUUUUUUUAUAAUGUGAUGAAAAUCAUUUACUCCAUAUAUUUGCUCUCUCGUUGUGCCUGUUUCCAUCAAGACAAGUGAUGGUUUAGAGGCGCUUAUCUAUCCAAAGUUUUACUAAACAAAACAGUGAUUAAUUAUCACUUUUCCCCCCAUUUUGAAUAUCUGACAAUUACUUUUCAUGUCUUGCUCUCUCUUCACAUGUUAAGGCCUUACAUUAUAAUGUCCUCACGGAGCUCAAUGCUGUGUUGUUGCGUAAACAUUUUCAUAAGUAGUCCUUAAAAUUUUUUGAGAUAGACGUUAUCAUACUGGGCGGGGCACUCCAACCCUCCUAAAAUAGAACGAAGAAAAAAAAGAAAGUGCAGGAAACAGAGGUCUUCACUAUGCUGAUGCUCAAACAAGCUCUAUCUUUUAUGAGUCAUAUGUUGACCUCUGAAUUCCUUCGACUGUCAUGAGAUCACAGAACACAAUGGCACAGUCAUAAGCUGAAUUAGUUUAUGAUCAUUGAUCACUGGAGGACAAAUGAUCACUGGAGGUCAGGAGGGAUGACAACAAAACUAAGAUGUGGGUAUCCUCGUUUGUCCAUACUAUACCACCUUUAUUCCAUUCUUGGGUGACUUAUACUGCAUAACUAAAGGAUACCAAUUAGCAAUUUUGGAACAGAAAUUGUAUUUUCAGCUGCAGUUUGAGCUCAUUCAGUAGAUUUCAAUACAAGCCACUUGAACUCACAAUCAAUCUUGUUUGAUAUUUGUGUGCCUGUAGUGGUUCUUGCGUUUAAUCCUGCUGACUGUUAGCUAGGAACAGUCACUGCUCUCUCUCUCUCUCUCUCUCUCUCUCUCUCUCACACACACACACACACACACACACACACACACACACACACACACACACACACACACACACACACACACACACACACAGUACAUGUGUGCUGUCAUUCACACACAGUAGAUACAAACAUGCAAUACAGUGGCCUUUCUCUCCUUGGUGUUAUACAGACCUAAACAUUGAGCUCUGCAAUGGCUUUUGUCCAUGCCUACUGACAGACUCCUGUCCUAUUUCAAAGGUGUUAUCUUUCAUGUUAACGUGAUCUCAGAAACUGGAAAUCACACUUUUGUAAGCUCAUGGCAUUUUCUGUGCUUUCUGGUCCGGACACCUUUAUGUACAAUGUUAACAAUAUUAAGAGGCCAUGCAUGAUGUUUCAAGCUGAAGCCUACAAAAGUGAGGGACACCACUUCUUGUGUUUCGUCAGGCUGUGUCUUUGUUUAACUUUUUGAAAAUGUUUGGUUUCUUUUAUUUGAUGCAUUGCUAACUUCUGUGAAGUUGUAUGUUGGGGUAUUUUGUAUCAGGAUCUUUGUUACUCUCGUUUUGUUUGCUACAUUUUUGGGACAAAAUUGUCUUAUGUCACUCAGCUGUCUAGUUCACUGUUAUUUUGUGCAGUAUGGGUGAUUUCCCAUAUGUGGCUUUGUCUAUAUGACUUUAAUAAAUAACUAGAAAACAUUAACCCAUUUUGAAUAUACAGGAUAUAAAGUUACAAGUUUGUUUACACCCUAUUCUGAAUCUUAUGAGAUUUGUGUAGAAUGAGAAGAGGAGGGCUGACUAAUAUUUGAAUCUUUCCAGCUUCCUCUGGCAUUUCCUCUCACAUAAGCUGGUGUACCUUUUCCAAAAUUGAUCCUCUCAGACAGAUUAAACAUUAAAUCCCAUUUUAGAGGAUGGCAGAAUGGCUGUACAUGCGAGGAUUGCUUUUUGAGUUUAAAGUUAAAACUUUAUUUAAUCUGUGUUUAUAAAAAAGUGGUCUGGUAACCUUUUUGGGACUUCUCUUUCCCACUCACAGAAAAGUGCAGACAAAGUGAAGAAUUGGAUUGAAAAAUUCAGUUGAAUAAUCUUUGAAAAUUCUCUGUUUUGUGGGGUUGAUUUCUCAGCUGGAAAAUAGAUUUUGCUGCUCGGAGUCAUGAAAUUAUCUCAGCUACCUACUGUCGCUCUGCAUCUGUUUACAACUUCACCUUUGAAGUCACAUAACGUUAAGUGCCAUGUUGUGUACAGUACAGUGUAAUCACUCCCUGAAAUGUCCUGCAGCUUUUCAUAUCCCUCAACUGCUCAGUCGAGUUAAGAAGUGUGACACUUCUUGUGCAGUCCUGCUUUGUUCCACUAGGGGAAGCUAGAUCCUUGUCCGUCUGAAUCGCUCAGGGAAGACUUAAGUUGCUCAGCUACUUUUCCUAUACUCAUAACUUAAAUAUUCUGUGGAAGUAUUUACCUGAAUUUCACUUGCUGAUAACUCACCCUUUCACCCAAAGCAUAAAAGGAUUAGAGAUUAUAUUGUUUGCCAAUGUUUACUUUGCCAGUGUUUUCUUUCGCCUCUCAGUAUCAAUAUUGGCUUUGCUAUUACUGUUUCUAUGGGAAAGGGCUGGGCACUACUGUAUGUAAAAGCAGUAUUGUGAGUAUUGAACUAACGUCAAAGUGAUACUCCCUGUUUCCUAUCAAGUGUCUAUAGAGCACUUCCGUAGUGGCCAAUUUCGCUGCAUUGAUUCCUACCCAAUUACUGCCAGUGGGUGCACCCCGGCACCCCCAACUUUCCUUCACCCCAUCCUCCCUGCAUCCUGCGUCAUGCAUGCGAUAAAGUCCCUAUUGUGAUGGCAGAGGAGUAUUGAUGAUUCUGUAGUUGUGAUACAACACACCCAGCGCUGUAAGAGUUCUGCACAUGCCCACUGUGUGGCCACGUCAAGUGCUGAAGUUUGCUUGCAGCAUUUUACUUGUUUGUUCAUGAAAAUUAAUUCUUGUUUGAUAGAGACUAUAUUAUUAUUAUUAUUACGACUAUUAUUGUUAUUACCACAUUGGGUUGUUGUUGUGGUAUUUUUCCUCCUCGGUAUAUUCUAAGUCAGCUUCUUUGUUUUGUAUUUGAGAAUUUGCUGAAACUGUUGAAAUUUUUUAUUAGGCAAGAAAAUGUCUCAUUAUUCUACAUUAUACGGAAAAAAAGCCUGUUUGUUUAAAUGUGAAACAUAUGAUGAACUGAUGUUUUCUGACUAUUCAUGUCUGUAUUAGACAUUUUAUUUGCAAAUCUAUUGUUCGAUUGAAAUGUAAAUGAAUUAUUAAGAGAUGGUACACAUCUGUCAUUGUAUACAGUCUGCCACCAUCAUUAGAUGGACUUAUAGUAUAGACGCUCAUUUAUACAACCUAUGAUUACCCGGUAUAUUUAAAUGUUUAAGUCCUUGGGGCAGUUUUGUAACGUUUCAGAAUGAGGAAAAUAAAUUCCUUAAGAGACAGCAUAUCUAAAAUGUCCCCAUAAUGAAUAAUACUGUUACGUAUUCCAUUUAUUUCCUUGGAAAUAUCACAUUGUGAAAGGUUCCCCUUUUACUGUCUUUACGGUAAUGCGGGAAUGGAGUAGGUCAAACCUAUAAUGACAAUGAUUUAUGUGCUAUUGAUGAAACUGUUUGAGUAUUGUUUGACUGACUGAGUGACUGAUUCUUCUGUGAAUUUUCUAGCUUGUUCAUCUGUAUUACACUGACUUACAGACAGCUUGUCCGAGCAGCAUACUGCUUUUGUGUUGCACUGAGAGAUGGAAUUAUGAAAAGGGACAUGAAAUUGCAUGCCACAAUAAACCAACAGCAAAAUAUGUUUCUUUGUGAUUCCUGUCAUAAUGUUUGAAUGUUGUAUUAUGAUAGGAGACGUUAGAUAACACAAACAAUUCAUAGGCCUUGAGACAGUUUUUAAUGGCUCUCUUAG